UGCAGGGGCGGUACAUGGCGCAGCUCGCUUCUUGGGCUACGUACCGCCCGACGACCACCACGUGCCAUCUCGUGUGGACCUCUCAGCACGACCUGAACACGACGCCGAUGUCAAGCUGCCCGGAAGACACUACCCUAAGCUUCCAUACACAGUGGUUGACCCGCAAGACCACGAGACCAGCAGGCAUCCGAUGCCACAUCCCUUCCCCCACCCGCCUGAUAAGGACAAUGAGUACGACUACAACACGUAUGGAGACUACUAUUGGGCUGAGGAGGAGGGCACGGAUACAGAGGAGCACUUAAGUUCCCUGCAGAGUGACACAUCAGUGACAUCACUCUCCUCUUCCUCCUCCUCGUCGUCGUCGUCCUCCUCCUCCUCCUCCUCCUCCUCUUCAGCACCACCUGUAUCCCUUGAACCCAGUCCGCGGUUCGACAGGGAUCAGCCGAGAAGUGUAAAAGUUCAGGCGGGAAAAACUGCCGUGUUGGUCUGCCGUGUGCUGAACCUCGGGGACAAGUCGGUGUCGUGGAUCAGACACGAGGACCUGCACAUCCUUACCGUGGACAAGUACAAGUACAGCACGGAUAACCGUCUUAGUGUGGAGCACGACGAGGCGUCGCACGAGUGGCUGCUGAGGAUACAGAGUGUGGCCCAGGAGGAUGCUGGCAUGUACGAGUGCCAGGUCUCGACCAAACCGCUGCUCAGCUUUAUUGUCAGCCUACAGGUGGUGGACGCCCCGACACCCACCACGCCCUUCCCGAGCCUUCGCGACGCCGAGGGGGUCGCCGAACCCACCCCGAGGCCCGAGAGAAGAGGUAAAAGAAACAGUUUGCCCCUUAGCGAGGUUCUACCACUACUCACCAUGCCCAUGUUUGACGCGACUAACUCUGUUGACAAUAAAAUGAUAAUGUAG